AUGAAGAUGAACCUGCAGAGACGGAGGAGCCUAGGGAAAAAUGGGACGGCAGGGAAGCUUUGGUUUCCCGCCUUUUUAUUCUUUGAUCUCGGGGCCUUUCAGGAUGAGCUGGAGGAGCUGAAUGCCCUGCACUUCCAGAGAUCUCGCAGUUUCAUCUGUUUUCCAAAUCUGAAGGAGCUUGGCUCCCUCAUUUCCUUCGCCAACUUGGAGCAUGUCGUCAAGCCCGCUGCCUGGCUUUGUGGUCUCGAAGCCAACUUCUUACGAAGCCGUGGAAGGCACAUCAUCCGGAAGUUCAAGGCAUAUAACGAAAGCAACGAUGCUACGAUCAAAAGCCUCAAGGGAGAGCUGGAGGUGCGUGCAACCAUCACCGGCUUGGACGAGGUGGUGACGGAGCUGAACCAACGUAUCGAGCAGCAGCAAGAGCAGCUGUAUCUCACGAAGGAGAACGUCACCUCGUCUGAGGACGCGAUCGACAGACUCAAGGCCAAGAAGGGCCGGGCUGAAGGAACCCAGACCCAGUUGGAGAAAAAGCUCGACACGGUCAUCAAGGAGAAGGCUGUCCAGGACCGCCUUAUCCGCGAGACCCAAGAUGCUCUCCUGGACAAAGUGUCUUUGGCGGAGCUGAACAUGUUUGAGGCCAAGUUUGCGGGGUACACCACAAAGCUGGAGCACCAGCAAAUCCUCAAUGCGCUGAGUGACUAUGCCACCCUCGACGUUGCGGAGCGGAUAGCAGAGAACAUGAAAGUGCUCUCGACGCGCUUCGAUGACUAUACCCGGACUGCAAAGCUGGAGCAGCAGCUGCAGGAAGUUCGCGACUGGGUUGGCGAUGAGCUGCAGAACUAUGCAAAAGUUGCCCAAACCACGAUGCGGAUAGAAGAGCUGGCCGUCCACAUCAAAGAGCAGUCUUUAGUGUUUGACCAGGUGUAUGCCUCCAACAAUGACCAGUUGCGAGGCCUGUCCGACCGCAUCACCUCCAUGUAUUCCGAGUUGGCCAACGAUCUGCAGCAAAGGGCAAUGUAUGAUGACUUGCAGCAGACGAAGAACAGUCUUCAGAACUAUGCGCUUCGAAAAGAAACUGAUGCAUUUCAACAGGAUUGUGUGCCCAAGCUGAAGUUCUGCGUGGCGUCCAUCGAGGCAUUCGAUCGGCGGCUGGGGCAACAGGAUGAUGCCAUUCAGCGCGUGGAUGAGGUUCUCCUGGACAAGGCCGGGAAAUACGACAUCGUCAUCAUCAACUCUCGAAUCGAGCAAUGCCUGCAGAAGGAAGCUGCCAUGAAAGAGUUUCAUGGGAUGUACGACAAGUUGCAGAAGUUCAACAAAAGGUUUGACGAGUACAUUGAGCAAGAAAGCGCUCGGCUGGAUGAAUUCCGGCCCCCGGACUAUGGCCCAAUGUUUGAGGACUUGAAUCAGAAAGUAGCCCUCAAGGCUGACAAGGCUGACCUAGUCGAGAUGUACCAGCUUAAGGCGAAUCGAAUCGAUGCAGACGAGCUGGCCAAGCUCCAGGAUACCAUACAUCGGCAGCUAGAAUACCUGAGCGUGACGACCUUCGGUCUCUCCAAACUCUGUCUAGCGGAGGCGAAGCAGGGCGAAUCCAAGACAUUGCGAAUGCAACAGCGCACCCAGGUGCUGAUGCAAAGUGAGGCCCUGUGGCAUUGGAUACUGCAUAACGAGCCACCGCCAAAUUUGGACACGCUGAGACCGCCUCCGGGAGAGAAUGUCGACGUCAUCAAAGCGGAGCACAUAGAUCGACAGAAGCGCUCUAUGGAUGAUCAUAAGAGCUCUUUCCGGCUGCCGACCUCUGCACAGGGUCGCGAUCACGUCCCGGAAGUUCCAUCCAACUUUCGAAGCCAGCUGGUUCACGAGAUAAGUCAUUAUGAAAUCGAGAGAAAAUAUGAGACUCGUCAAUUACUCGGGCAAGGAUCUUACGGCUCUGUCCAUUUGGUCUGCGAGAGGACGACACAGCAGAAGAAGGCCUCCAAAUCUAUCGCAAGGCCCGAAGGAUGGGGGCGCGAGCGAUUCCGGAUGGAAGGAAUGGUCAUGCAGAAUGCAGAUCAUCCGUACAUCCUCAGACUUUUUGAAUGGUUCGAGAACGGCGAUCAGGCAACACUGAUCUGCCAGUUCUGUGAGGGCGGCGAGCUUUUGAGCGCCAUCCGCAAGGGCAGAGCAAGGGGUGCUGUCCUUGAGGAGUCGUGGGCUGCGUGUGCACUGCGACAGCCCUUUCAGGCCCUCGUAUAUCUGCACAACAAGGGCAUUGUGCACAAAGACUUGAAAGUGGAAAACCUCUUGCUGCUGCGAAGCAUCGUGUCAGACGAUGGCCGGGCAUUUGGUCGGCCUCCUCAUGUUGUAGUUAGCGACUUCGGCACUGCCGAGAUUUGUAUGCGGGGUCUGUCGAGUCCCUUCGUUGCACGUGGCACAAAGGUUGCUGGAACACCGGCGACAAUGUCUCCAGAGUGCUUGCUGGGCAACUGCAGUGCAAAAUCGGACAUAUGGAGCAUGGGAUGCGUCAUGUACGAGAUGUUUGCCAAUGUCUUGCCGUUCCAUUUGUCCGGAAGUAUGGCGGAUGCUGAUGCGCAUCAGGAAGCGUGGCUCCAGCUGCACAAGCAGGGCCCGAAGUGGGACAAACUCCGAUGCAGCACGUCCGCCAAAGACCUGUGCCAAAAGCUGCUGAGCUUCAGGGAAGUUGGUCGACCCAGCGCAACCGACUGCCUUAAGCACUCCUGGUUAAAGCAGCAAAAGAGCAAUUUGGGAAAAGAAGAGAAGACCUUCCUUCGUACGGCACUGACUCGUUGGGCAGGCACCAGUCAAUGCGGCAAAGCACUGUUCCUGAAGAUGGCUUCGACAUGCAGUUUUGUGGAUCGAUUCGCUCAGGCCUUCUGCAAGCUUGACUCCGAUGACAAUGGCAUGCUGGAGAGGAAUGAGGUUUUCAGCGCAACACAGAUGCUCGGAAUCCAAAAAGAUGCGGCAAAGAAUUUGGUGAAUGCGCUUGAUCAGAAUCGUGAUGGCUCCAUACAGUACCUGGAAUUUUGUGCUGCGUGUCUCCUGGCCUCAACCGACGAGAUCUAUGCCUUGCUGUCCCAGGAAUUCCAAGCACUCUGUGCUGGGGAAAAAGGUUGCCCGCGGCAAGCACUGCAGAUCCUGCUGAAGGACCUGCGGCCUCUCGUUGCAGACUCAGGAGGAUACUUCCCCGACGAGGUCAAAAAGGAGGGACGCUUGAGCUUCAAGGACUUCUGCCUCUUCUUUGGCCAGCAGGUUGAGAAGCCGGAACAACCGGAAGGCAAUCAUCCCAUCUCCGCAACGGAAAAGGAGAGCAUGCUCAAGGCGAAAGAGGAGGUUCCAUCACCUCCGAGUGCACAGAGCAGUCCAAGGGCCUUCAAGGCCCAGGCUGGAGGGCAUACUCUGGGCGAGGGCGAGACGGGGUCCUUGAUACGAAGACGCCAGCAAGGCCACGAGAAGGCCAGCAGCAUGCCCAGCACACCAACAUCUCAAGGUGCUGCACUGCCGAUGCAAUCGGACUGCGAUGCGGAGUUCCGACGACAGGUUUCCAAACCAAAGGCUGGCCGCCCUUCCACACCGGUGGAAGGUGAUGCACAUCGCCGGGAGAAGAGUACUGGGCCAGAGGCGCCCACAUUAACCAUGCCCGCGUCCGAAACGAAGGCUAACGGUCCAAAAGCACUGGAGCAUUCAUCAGUCGGGCCGAGACAAUGGAGGCCUUCGCAGCAGGGAUCGCCACGGAGCAACAGCCGAGUAAGUGCGAAGAACGACAGCAACGAAGCUUCUCCUCAGGCUACGCCGAGGCAGUCCGGCAGAGCGAGCCAAAAGCAGGAUCAAAGAAGGAGUCCGCCGCAAGCUUCUCGAAGAAGUCACGUGCAUGAGCCCGCGAAAGAUGGAUCGGUGUUACAGGCCAAUCCAUUGGCAAAAGACCUGCACACUGCUGACUUGGACGCUGUCCAAAGCGGUCGAACCGUGGAGAAGACGGCACCGGGAAAAGGCCGGAGGCCUUCCGACCAGGAGCUGAAGCCAGUCGGGUUGGUGCCUCCUGGACGGCAGGAAACAAUGAGUUCUCAGAGCACUUUCGGUGGGAUGGAGUUUGAAACUUCUGCGGCAUCAUCCUCACAGGAGGAGGCCAUACCGCCCAGCUUCGACACGUCCGUGAGCCAGGCCGAUCCGAUGGCGCACAUCGAGAAUAAGAAAGAUGAUAAUGUUAUCCUCCCUGACCAUGUGGCGCAAAAUGCGCACAAGGAUUCUGGCACUGCCUUCAACUUCGCUACUCCUGCCAAGGCAGUCAGUCGGGUGAUGGUAAGUCUUUAA